AUGGCCCCUUCCAAGCAGAUGACGCUGCGGUCGUCGGACUCGGCCCUCCAGGUCGUCGACCCCGACCAGACCUUGAAGGCCUCCAAGGCCCUGCUGGCGCAUAUGAAGAAGGCGUCCAAGGAGAAGGCCGCCAGCGCCGACAAGAAGAACCUCCUCGCGGCCGACUCGGACGAUGAGACCGCCCUCGGCGAGCAGCCCAUCUGGCUGACCCUGACCACGAAGCGCCACAUCUCAGACACCAACCGUCUCAAGCCCGGCAAGAUUGUGCUCCCGCAUCCUCUGAACACCGACCCCGAGGUCAGUGUCUGCCUGAUCAGCGCCGACCCUCAGCGCCACUACAAGAACCUGAUCGCCUCAGAGGAAUUCCCAGAGGAAUGGCGCAAGCGCAUCACACGAGUCAUCGACGUAGGAAAGCUGCAGGCCAAGUUUAAGCAGUACGAGGAGCAGCGCAAGCUGUACGCCGAGCACGAUGUCUUCCUGGGCGACUCGAGGAUCAUCAACAGACUGCCCAAGGUGCUGGGAAAGACAUUCUUCAAGACUACCGCCAAGCGCCCCAUCCCCGUGAACCUGGAGUCGCGAAACAAGCCCAAGGCCGAUGGGAAGAAGGAGAAGAAGCCCAAGGACGACGAGGCCAGGUCAUGUACCCCAGCAGAGAUGGCGGCCGAGAUUGAGAAGGCAGUCGGCGCCGCGCUUGUGCAUCUGUCGCCCUCGACAAACACGGCCAUUCGCAUCGGCUACGCUGGCUGGAAGGCCGAGGAGGUUGCCGCCAACGCCAGGACCGUGGCCGAGACCCUGAUUGAGAAGUACGUUCCCCAGAAGGAGAAGAACGUACGCAGCAUCUACCUCAAGGGGCCCGAGACCGUGGCGCUCCCGGUGUACCUUGCCGGAGAGCUGUGGCUCGACGGUGAGAAGGAUAUCGUUUCGAACGAGUCCGAGGAGGCCAAGGCAUUGGCUGCCGCCGAGAAGGCCAACAUCGGCAAGAAGCGCAAGUCUCUCGAUGGGCCGUCUGAGGACGCUGCGCCCGUCCCCAAGAAGGCCAAGAAGGCCAAGGCCAAGACCGCACCCGAGAGCGACGACAGCAAGCUCGACAAGGAGAUCGCAGAGAGGAAGGCCAAGCUCAAGAAGCAGAAGGCGGCUGCCAAGAAGGCGGUUGAUAUUUAA